AUGGGACGCUUACCGCUGCUGUAUUUUCAGGUUGGUUACUUCAGAGAUACUUCCUGUUUAAAAAGUAGCAAUUACUGCCUUGUUGCGGUGUCGUGCCCUCCUGACUUGCGUGAUAAGAUGUUCCGUACAUUGCUGUUUCUUUCAUGUUUGCGCCGGAAGUUUGCAUCGUUGUUGUUGUUGCUUUCAGGUGACAUUGAAUCUAAUCCCGGCCCUGGCGUCGAGGAAACACUCGCAAUUGUUCUUGAUACAGUGCGUAGGCUGGAAGCGGGUCAGAAUACAAUAAUUGGUGAAAUUAAGGGGCUAAAAGAAAAACAGGAUGCUACUGAUAAAGAAAUCAAAAGCUUGACCAUGAGAGUGGUCACUCUGGAAGCAAAGCUGGUUUCUAAUGCCCCUCCGUCAUCCAACUUUGCUGAUGGUGCUAUUGGUUCUAUUUCUGAUCAGCUUCAAGCAGUAGUAUCAAGGUGUGAUGAAGCAGAAAAUAGAAUGCGACGGUGCAACUUGUUGUUUUUUGGAAUUCCCGAUGAGCACAAAGAGAGCUGGGAAACUUCUGAAAAUAAAAUUAUCGCCCCGACAUUCAUUGACAAUUGA